AUGACUUUGCAUCUCAAAAAAAUGGAUGGUGAAGACACAAAGCAGAAAACCACAGAAAAGGGUGCAGAUGGCUUCUUUCAGAGAUCCGCAUUCAACUUGUUUAGAAGUCAGACCCAGAAGAAGAAACCCUCUGCCCAGAAAGGGAAAUGGGAACAUUCAUCAAGGAGCAGAGCCUUUGACCAGGAGUCAGACUGGGAGGAAUCCAAAGAUGAAAGCGGAAAAGGAAAUGGAGAAUGCAAAAUGAAUGAUUCUGGAGCAGAAACUCAAUCAGUGGAGCAAGCUGUCGUUGCACCAGAUAACUUGCUACUUCCUGUUUUCAAAGCAGAAACAAUCUUGGGCCAUCAGAGAGUUCAGCUCUUCCUGGGGAAAUGGGGCAAACACCCCUUCAGCAAGGUUUUGGACUUAAAUAAUUCUGCAUUAAAUGCAACAGAUAUAAUGGAGCUGAUUGCCAUAAUACCUUUGCUGCCAGAACUGGAGGAGAUUGAUCUUUCCUGGAAUGAUUUCAUAGGAGGGACAUUAGAAUCUCUCACCCUUCAGUUCAAACACCUGCAAGAGCUAAAAGUCCUCCGACUGAACAACUGUAGACUCACAGCCAAGGAUGUUGCAUUUUUAGGGGAAGCACUUGAAGUCAUUCCUCACCUUGAAACACUGGAUGUAUCAUGGAAUACCAACAUUGGUGGGAGGCUUUUCCUUCUCGUCCAAAAAAUUCCCAAAGGCCAUAAGCUCAAAACACUAAAAGUGACAGAUUGUACUCUAACACCUGAAGAUGGUGAAUCACUAGCUCAACUUCUAAACAGGAUCCACAGCCUAGAAGUACUGGAUCUAUCAAUUAACAAAAAUAUAGGAUUUAGUCUGAAGAGUAUUGCCCAGGAACUAAAACAUGUGUCAGGCCUGAAAGUACUUAAUUUGAACAUGUGUGGCUUAAAACAAGAUGGAUUCCAUUGUUUUGCCAGCGCCCUGCAACACUUACUGGAACUAAGAAAAUUAGAUGUGUCAUGCAAUAAAGAGAUUGGAGGAGGUUUUGGGACCUUAGCAGCUUAUUUGGCUGGCCUACAUAACCUAGAAAUCCUGGAUCUUCAUCAGUGUUGUAUUACAGAAGAGGACAUGACAGUUUUAACCCAGAUAAUACCUCUUUUGUCAAGUCUUCAAGAGUUGAAUUUAUCAUCAAACAAAAGUGUUGGGAUGUCUUCCAAUCACCUUCUUAGCAGGCUCCGAUUUUUACCAAAACUGAAAUCUGUGCUCCUCAGCCAUUGCUCUUUAAGGCAUGACUCAUUCACAUCUUUAGCCGAGGCUGCCCUUCACCUUCCUGAACUGGAGGUAUUGGACAUUUCUUGGAAUAAAUGCGUUGGCGGGAACCUAAAGCUGAUUUUGAAAGUGCUAAACCUUGGAGCCAAGAUCCAAGUGUUAAGACUAAGCAGCUGCAGCUUGGUGGAUGAGGACCUGGCUGGCCUUGCCCUGGUCAUCCAAGCUGGGCAUCUGGCUCAACUACAGGAACUAGACCUUAGUUAUAACAACCAAAUCUCUAACGAAGGAUGGGCAACAUUCUGUCAAGACUUAGUUGCGCUCAAGCAGCUUUCUGAAUUGGAUGUCAGCCAUCAGCCAUCAUCACGCGGUGACUGCGGGGAAUGGUUUGGCAAACUCUUGGCUGCCUUGCUGAAGCUGCCCCUGUUCACAGAGCUAGGACUGCAAGGCUGGAUACUUUCCGAAGUUCAGCAAAAACAACUGGAAUGUUUUAAUCGGAACAAUGAACGAAAUGUUCACUUUGACGUUUGGUAUGGAGCAUGACACUUUGUGCUAGCAUGCGAGUCAGCAGCUGGUGGCCCAGUGACACACGGCUCCUGCAGCCUUACCUGACAGAGUGCCAUGGGGCAGAGAGAGAGAAAGAGGCAAAAGACAGCGAGGUAUUUCUUGCAGAUUUGAGAUACUGAAGUCCCGAUUACUGAUCAGUGCUAAUCCAAC